CCACAACCGAAACCGAAUCCCAAUUAAUGGAACCAUGUUUCUGAUGCUCCGACCCGUUUUCCCCUUUCCCUUCAACAACACCAGCCCUAUUCUAAUCGGGUCCAACCCAGAUUCCACCGCACCAUAAUCGGGUCGUCUCUGUCUCCCUCUCUCCACCUCUCAAAACCCUAUCGUUUUCUUCCGGAUCAUCCGAUCGGACCCAACCACCGUUCUUCCCUCGAUCUAAAUUAAGUGUACUCUCAAGCCUAUCUGAUGGAGGUAUCAAAUGAUUCAGGCACUAAGAAACCAAAAAGAUUGACGUCUGUUGUCUGGAAUCACUUUGAAAGGAUUCGAAAGGCUGAUAUAUGUUAUGCUGUUUGCCUACAUUGCAACAAGAGACUUAGUGGAUCAAGUAACAGUGGAACCACUCAUCUAAGAAAUCACUUGAUGCGGUGUCUGAAAAGAUCAAACUUUGACGUUUCUCAACUACUUACAGUAAAGAGAAGGAAAAAAGAUAAUACUGUCAGCCUAGCAAACAUCAGUUUUGAUGAAGGUCAGAGGAAAGAAGAAUAUAUAAAGCCAGCAUUCGUCAAGUUUGAACAGGAACAUAAGAAAGAUGAAAUCAUUAACUUUGUAAGUAGUAAAUUUGAUCAGGAUAGGAGUCAACAUGAUCUUGCUCGUAUGAUCAUAUUACAUGGAUACCCAUUGACUUUGGUUGAACAAGUAGGAUUCAAAGUCUUUGUCAAGAACCUCCAGCCUCUCUUUGAGUUCUUGCCAAAUAGCAACUUAGAGGUUUCUUGUAUAGAAAUCUACAGGAGGGAGAAAGAGAAAGUGAGUGAGAUGAUAAACAAAUUAUGUGGCAGGAUUAAUCUCUCAAUCGAAAUGUGGACUUCGGCAGAAAACACCUCAUUUUUGUGUCUAUCUGUGCAUUAUAUUGAUGAGAAAUGGACAUUGCAGAAGAAAAUUUUGAACUUUCUUACACUUGAAUCUUCUUACACUGAAGACUUGCUUCCUGAAGUGAUUAUCAAAUGCCUUGAUGAAUGGGAUAUUGACUGCAAGCUAUUUGCGUUGACUCUUGAUGAUUGCUCUGUUGACGAUGACAUCACUCUCCGAAUCAAAGAGCGUGUUUCCGAGAAAAGGCCUUUCUUUAGUACUCGACAAAUACUUGAUGUACGCUCUGCAGCACAUCUCAUAAUUUCCAUCGUUCAGGAUGCCAUGGAUGCAUUGCAUGAGUUGAUCCAAAAGAUUCGAGAGAGCAUCAGAUACAUUAAAAGUUCUCAAGAGGUUCAAGGAAAAUUUAAUGAGAUUUCUCAACGUGCUGGGAUCAAUUCUCCAAAGGUCUUAACUCUUGAUAAUCCAUUACAAUGGAAUUCUACAUAUAUCAUGCUUGAAACUGCACUCGAAUACAGGGGUGCUUUUUCACUCCUCCAAGAACAUGAUCUCUCCUACUCAUCAAAUCUAUCCGAUGAAGAGUGGGAAUGGGCUAAUUCUGUUGCUGGAUAUUUAAAACUCCUUGUUGAAAUCAUGAAUAUCUUCUCAAGCAACAGAUUUCCUACAGCGAACAUAUUCUUCCCUGAGAUCUGUGACAUUCAUAUUCAAUUAAUUGACUGGAGCAGAAGCUCUGACAAUUUUCUUAGUCCCAUGGCUUUGAAGAUGAAAGCCAAAUUCGAUAAGUACUGGAGCAAGUGCAGUUUGGCUUUAGCUUUAGCUGCAGUCCUAGAUCCCCGGUUUAAAAUGAAGUUGGUCGAGUACUACUACUCCUUGAUAUAUGGAAGCACUGCUUUGGAUCGUAUCAAGGAAGUUUCUGACGGUAUCAAAGAGCUUUUCAAUGCAUAUUCUAUAUGUUCGACAAUGGUUGAUCAAGGCUCAGCCUUGCCUGGAAGUAGCUUACCAAGCACCAGUACUGGUGCCAGGGAUAGACUAAAAGGCUUUGACAGAUUCCUCGAGACAUCACAGAGUCAGUCAAUGACAUCAGACUUGGACAAGUAUUUAGAGGAACCGAUAUUUCCUCGUAAUUCUGAGUUUAGCAUCUUGAACUGGUGGAAAGUCCACAUGCCCAGAUACCCGAUUUUGUCUAUGAUGGCACGAGAUGUUCUUGGGACUCCAAUGACAACUUUGGCACCUGAAUUGGCAUUUAACACAGGAGGCAGAGUGCUUGAUUCUUCUCGCAGUUUGCUGAACCCAGAUACACGAGAGGCUUUAGUAUGCGCACAAGAUUGGAUCCGAAAUGAAUCAGGAGAUUUUAAUCCAACCCCACUCCAUUCUGCUCCACCUCUUCUCCUUGAAUCAAGUUAAUGUUUCCGAGGAGGUACCAAAGAAGCUAUCUUAGAAUUGUUAACAGUACUGUUGUUCUCCUAUGUCAUUUCUUGCUUGGAGGUGAUAUACUAUGUAAGAAGCAAUGUAUAUUCUUAGAAUAACCUAGUUUUUUUUAUCGGAGUUUCAUUCAGAUGAAUCCCAUUUUGUAUAGAGGGUUGCAUACCCUUUUGUUAUCAAAGUCUUCCCAUGAAUGCUUCAUUGUUCCUGCAAUAACGCUGCUUAAAGUGAAUGAUCUUAAUGAAUGAGAUCUUCAACAAUUGCAUUAUGGCAUAGUAGUUCCAUCUACUACUCUAUUUACUCAAGUUAAACUUAUAUGCAUUAUGGCAUAGUUCCUACAAUAGGGCUGAAGCAAAAUUAUGUGUAUAUCAUUGUUCAAAAAUUAAGAUUUUUUCUUUACCCACCUCCCUAUGGGGGUCACCCCCAGCGAAAACUCCAUUUUACCCUACUUCGAAAAUGCAUUUCCGAAAUAUUUUUUUUUAAAAAUUUUUCCAGACUUCGGAAGUGCAUUUCCGAAAAAAUCCCAAAAAUUGAGA